AUGGCCAAGAAAGGCGCCGGCGGUGAGGAGAGCGUGGUCGUGCCGGGGCAGACGGAGGAGGCCAAGCAAGGCCCUCCCCGGAAGCGCAACCCGUGCCCCGGAAUCCGCUGCGUCGGCGGCCGGAUCUAUGACCCGGAGAACGGGAAGACCUGCCACCAGUGUCGCCAGAAGACGAUGGACUUCUCGGUGGCUUGCACGCAGCCCCGGAAGAAGGGGCUUUGUCCAAUCCACUUCUGCCACAAGUGCCUCCUCAACAGGUAUGGUGAGAACGCCGAGGAUAUGACCAAGGAGGCGGGCUGGACCUGCCCCAAAUGCAGGGGCAUCUGCAACUGCAGCUUCUGCAGAAAGAAGAAAGGGGAGACGCCUACAGGAAUACUGGCCCAUGCUGCCAAGGCGUCAGGGCACUCGUCCGUCCAUGAUUUGCUGAUAAAGGGCUCCGACAUGGUGGUUGCUGCACAGACGCUGUCCUCGCUCCCUAAGAAGAUCAAGAAGGAACGCAAGGAGGGCAGCUUAAAGAGGGCGCUAGGGACAGAUGAUGCUAACGGUGGAUUGUUCGCUGAAGGGGAUGAGAAUAUUAAGACUGAUCUCAAUGCACUUCCUUCAGUUCCUAUCAAAAAGAAGCUGAAGAAGAUCAAGAAGGAACACAAGGAGGGCAACAUAAAGAAGGUGCCAGGGACAGGCGAUGCUACUGAUGGACUGUUGACUGAAGGGGAUGAGAAUACAAACACUGAUCUCAAUGCAUUUCCUUCAGUUCCUACCAACAAGGAGCUGAAGAAGAUCAAGAAGGUGGAACGCAAGAAGGGCAACAUAAAGAAGGCCCUAGGGACAGAUGAUGGUACUGAUGGAUUGUUGGCUGAAGGGGGUGAGAAUGCAAGGACUGAUCUCAAUGCAGUUCCUUCAGUUCAUACUGACAAGGAGCUGAAGAAGAUCAAGAAGGAACGCAAGAAGGGCAACAUAAAGAGGGCCCUAGGGACAGAUGAUGGUACUGAUGGAUUGUUGGCUCAAGGGGAUGACAAUACAGGGACUGAUCUCAAUGCACUUCCUCCAGUUCCCAUCAGCAAGAAGCUGAAAAAGGGCAACCGCAUGGUAAAUGACAUGACUGCUGAUGAAAAGUGCCCUGUUGAAAUUAAGGGCGAACUUCACAUUAGGAAUGAGAGCACUGAUGUCCCAGAGACCAAAAUUGAGCUACCCAUAGGUACUCCAGUCACUGACAUUGCAGGGGCUGAGCUGGAGGUUGAUGAUGUUGGGUCUGCACUUCAGUUUCAUGAAUUCUGCCGCACAUUUGCAGAGGUGCUUAAAAUAAGAAAGGGACAGCCAGAAAAAAUUCUUCAAGUCAUCACUGGAGGAGGCCGUAUCGGGCGAGAGGUGCCUUCAGUUGUUGCUGACCUUCACAUUAGUUUGUUAUCUGUCAUCCAAGAAGACAGAGAAGAGAACCCUUCGGACUAUUCAAGGAAUGGUGAUGCUUGGAUAAUUGAUACUGGGAAAUAUAUUAGUGAAUCCACAGUUAUCUCGAAGGAACUGCCUCUUGAUUGUUUAAGUCAAGGGGUAUUAGGAUAUAAAAAAUUGAGCCCUUCUUUAAAGCUGCAUGUGCUGAAUUUUCUGUGUGAUGAGGCCCUUUCUACUACAACAUUAAAGAACUGGGUUCUCAAACAGCAUGAAAGUGCAACUGAGAGAAAGGUUGCUGCAAGGGAAAAAUUCCGUGCUGUCAAAGAAAAGGAAAAGGAGCUUAAAGAAAAACUAACAAUUAAGAUGGCUAAACCAAGGUUUUUGAGAAAUGGAGCAGAAAUUAAUAGUCUUGUUUCUCAAAUUAAGGAGGCAUAUGCAGACAAGAAGGCAGUAAUAGAUGAGGAGAAGCUGGGAGGUCUAGUUAGGAAAAAGCCUGUCAGGAUAGACGAAGGGGUUGCGUACUGGAAGCUGGAUGGUUAUUGUGAUAAGACAGCAAUAAUGCGCCAAGAGUUUGACGCAACAGAGAACACUGACAAGUGGUUUAUGUUCACCGAGGAAGAAGAAAAAGUAAUCAAAGGUCAUGUAGCCCCAAGGCCCCAGUUGAAGCGCAAAAACAAAAAACAUACCUUGGCUGGGCACAAUGCUCUACCGAUCUCAAGCUCCAUGAAAACUCAGACUCCUGUUUCAGCUGUUUGA